AUGCCUGUCCCCGAGACAAAAUCAGAUAUAUUGUUCGAAGAUAUCUACCCACAAAACCUUUGGGAUAACUACAACUUGAACAAAUCGACGAAUCUCAUUGCUUCAUUCGGGCGAGUUCUGCGACGCAUGCGAUAUGCACAGCGCCUGUAUUCUAACUGUUCUUCAAAUGUUGAGCCGAUUGGCUCAGCUGACUGGCUUGGCAUACGUCCUCAUCUAUCAGCAAGGGAUACCCAAGCGCUGGACGGAGUUUCUCAUCUUGCCCAACUAUGCAUGUACUCUUAUUCCGAUCCCCGAUCCCGAUUCUUCGGUGACUCCGAGUUUCAUCCCGCAAGCAGGACGGACCAAAACUAUCCGGUGGAGGAUAACAACAAUGAACAGGUAAUAUCGCCACAUCUAGAAGAGGAAGAAAAUACUACGUAG